UGCUUUCAUCUUCUAGAGCCGAUUUCUGGAUUCUCCUCCACCACAAUUUACCCUUCUUUUAAAGUCCUUCCAUCGAUCAACUUUUUUUAUUAUUAUUUAUCACAAAAUCCUCUCCUCUCUAAAACGCGUCUCACAUGAGCAAGAAGCAAUACAUCAAAACAAAGGAUAUGAACAAGAACAAGAAGGAAGUGAAUAUCGAGACAAAGAAAGGGUCCACGAUGGAUGAGUGGCCUGAGCCCAUCGUGCGAGUCCAGUCCUUAGCCGAGAGCAACCUCUCCUCUCUCCCCGACCGCUACAUCAAACCAGCCUCUCAACGUCCCACCACGAUAGAGGAGGCUCCUGCCGCGACCAACAUACCAAUCAUAGACCUUGAAGGACUCUUCUCCAAAGAAGGGUCGGCAGAUGAGGCCAUCAUGGCUCAGAUAUCCGAGGCUUGCCGUGAGUGGGGGUUCUUCCAGGUGUUGAACCAUGGUGUGAAGCCAGAGCUGAUGGACGCGGCUAGAGAGAAUUGGAGAGAGUUUUUCCAUUUGCCGGUUAAUGAGAAAGAGACUUAUAAGAACUCACCAAAAACCUAUGAAGGCUAUGGAAGCAGACUAGGAGUUGAGAAAGGAGCCAUUCUUGACUGGAGUGAUUAUUAUUUUCUCCAUCUUCUUCCUCCUCGUUUGAAAGACUUCAACAAGUGGCCUUCUUUUCCUCCCACCAUUAGAGGAGUAAUCGAUGAGUAUGGGAAGGAAGUAGUGGACCUAUGCGGGAGAAUCAUGAAGGUAUUAUCGUUAAACUUGGGAUUAAAGGAGGAUAAGUUUCAAGAUGCUUUUGGAGGUGAAAACAUUGGAGCAUGUUUGAGAGUUAAUUAUUACCCGAAAUGCCCUCGACCAGAGUUGGCUCUAGGUCUCUCCUCCCACUCUGAUCCUGGUGGUAUGACUAUUCUAUUACCGGACGAUCAAGUUUUUGGUCUUCAAGUCCGUAAAAAUGACAUGUGGAUUACCGUCAAGCCACAUCCUCAUGCGUUCAUCGUCAAUAUUGGUGAUCAAAUUCAGAUACUAAGCAACGCAGCAUACAAGAGUGUGGAGCAUAGAGUGAUAGUGAACUCAGAGAAAGAAAGAGUUUCACUUGCUUUCUUCUACAAUCCUAAAAGCGAUAUUCCAAUCCAACCAUUACAAGAACUUGUAUCCACUCAUAAUCCUCCUUUAUAUCCUCCCAUGACCUUUGAUCAAUAUAGACUCUUUAUCAGAACUCAAGGUCCACAAGGCAAGUCUCAUGUUGAAUCUCUUGUUUCUCCCCGUUAAUUGUUUUCUCUUCCUAUAAAAAAAAAUUAAUGUUUUGGUUGUUUCAUCAAUUUAAAUCUGACUUGUAUGUGUACAAUCUUUCAAUUUACAAAGGAUCUGAUUUACCUUCAAGUAAAUAAAUAUUGAAUGAUGAUAUAUUUAUACAAUAACAUUUCUUAUACUAUGUGCCGAAUGUUAGAACCUAAUAUUUUGCAAGAGAUGUGAACAUAGUUUAACAAUAGAAUAUAUAAAAUCUAUCAUUAUCAUUCGCACCUUGUUUAGUUUUGUUUAAUCUGUCGCCAUGUUUGAAAAACCUGACUGAUAGUGACCAAAGUAUAAUUAAUUAGCGUAUAAAGAGAAGACAAAUGUAUAGUUGAACUCUAACGUCAAGAUAAUCUAUCAAUAGUGCUUAAUCAACUAGUUUCACACCAAUGACAUAUAAAUUCAAUAAAUAAAAAGACUAAACCUGGUAUAUUAUAUAUAAAUGAGGGAGAUGGGCAUCCUUUUCACUUUGUCAAUGAUGAUCAUACAUUGUAUAUUUACUGCGAUUAUAAAAGCUUGAGAGAUUCAAUAUUACUGCAAUUGUAGAUUGAGAGGAUUAGUCGUGAGUAAGAAUAUUGUGUGGACAUAAAUAGUCCAACAUCAAAAAGACGUCUAGUAUCUCUCAUU